AAAUUUCCCUUUCGGGAAGCAUAAAAAUGAACCCGACUUUGAGUCGGAACACACUCCAGGAUCCAACAUAUUAAGCCCCUUGUCGACCAUCGGCGUGAACUCGCAUUACUGUAAUGCUCAUCUUGUUUUAUGUCUGAUUGCCGCAACUUUCUGCAUCGCUAUUCUGGGCUCUGCUGCUCUCAUACUAUGUUGCACAGCAUAUGACUCCGACAUGUCACAAUUGUAGGCUUCAUCCUGAACCUUGAGCCUGCUGUGGCUGGACACGCAGUAUAUCAGACAGAAACCAAAUACAUAUGUCUUGUCAACUGCGACACGCAACAUAAUUUACUGUGGCAAUCCGUUAUUGUGGCUUGUGAUGGAUUUUCGUGUCUCCGUGAAUCUCCUUCCGUCUCUAGUUCUGUGCCCAAAACCACCUUGUAUUUCAACUCACUUUGGUUUUACCAGCUUUAAUUACCAUUCUGACUUGUUUUGGCGUUUCUAUCGGCCUCACCAGUCAAGGAGAGGCUGAUGAUCAGGUUGAUGCGGUCGCUAUAGCGGGGCCGGGCAAGAUCUUGACAUGAACGCUCACAGCAACAAGGGCCGUUCUCAGACCUGCAGUGGACACUAUGUGCCCUAAUUGGUAACAUAAGGGCGUACAAAUACCUGUUCUCUUCUCUCCUUAUCUCCCUUCUCCUUCGCGCCUUGUCUGAUCCUGUUGUAACUCUCGAUCUGCUACCAAUUUGACCGCAUCGCUAUCUCGAGGCAUGGGUACUGGCAUCCGAACCGUGGAGAUGGCGAGGAAGCAGCUGCCCCGUCUUUCUAUAGACUCAUCAUGUUCUUAUCGCGACGACUACGAAGCUUCACCGACUUCAAGUGUCUCCUCAGCUCGUGCUAGCAUCGCAACCUCGUUUGAUACUCCUUCAAGCGCGGGGAUCUUCCAUGUGCUUUGCCUAUAUGAUUUCAAGGCGGGGGACGUAGACCAGCUAUCGUUCAAGAAGAACGAGGUGCUAGACAUAGUGAAGCAGGAGGACUCGGGCUGGUGGGCUGCUCUUCGAGAGAAUGAUCACACCGUAGGUUGGAUACCCAGCGCUUAUGUGGAACCCAUUUCCGAGCAAACAGCAGAGCGUUUGCGUCGAAAGACUGUUGCCAAGGAGGAUGUUCGAGUACAAGACAUUACCGAACGAGCAUACACAACCGGGGCUCUUGGUACAGAGUACGAAUAUGUUUCGCCUGGGGAUGCUAUGCGAGCCUUCGACUGGAUGCCUGUCGGCGAACACAAGCCUUCACCAGUGUUUGUCACAAGAAAUGAUCUCAGCCCUGGCGGCGGAUUCCCUUCAGAUGUGAUAUCGCCAGUGUUCAGCCCAUUGAUUCUGGACAGGGAUUCGGACAGCAUCUUAACUGCGGAGCCAGAGGAUGAUCUUGGUCAAACCAUUGAAGUCCAUACGAAACCUGUUCCAUACCCACCCUCACCUGUAACGCCGAUGCCGAAACCACCCAUCAAGUCAAAGCUACCGAUACAUAAACGUCCGAUACGUUCCAUGUCGACGCCUUUACCUUCAACUGGACAUUCGCCGGUCAAAGCUCGCUCAGAGCCCAGUAACACUUCGAUUGUGCUAAACCGCAAUCUCCGGAGAAGAAGGCCGGUCCUUAUUGACGAUAGCAAUUCUCUUAGCCGGCUCUCAACUUUGUUUGAGUCGAGCAACGUUGACGAAGUAGACUUUCUUGCGAGCAGUCCGGUGGUUGCGGGGUCUAUUGAGGCAUAUUCUCCCAAUCGCAUGGCACGUUCACAUACACCGAGGUUGGAUAAGGUUAAACAGAUUACCGGAGAAGACGAGGCACAGGCCUUGUAUGACGCAUGGGCGACGCAUGAUGCUGUUCCAUGGUUUCUUCGGUCAGACUCUGGUUCUGAUGAGUUAAAGCUGGAGUUCGACGGAAGUGUCACUGCUGGCACAGUGGCAGCACUGGUAGAGCGAUUGACCUCGGAGCCUCUCAAGCCUGAGCAAGGACCUCAGUUUCGACACGCUUUCCUAAUGACAUUCAAAACAUUUGCUACUCCGGAUGAAGUGCUCGACCUACUUCUCAAACGAUACGAUAUGAAGACACCUCUAGGCCUCUCUGAUGCAGAGCUCGACCUGUGGAGAACGAAGAAGUUAUUACCAACGCAAAAGCGAGUGUUAGGCGUCUUUGCCGUCUGGAUGGAACACCACAGGUUGGUCCAGGACGAUCCGCCAGUAGCGAGACGGCUGCAGGAAUUCUUGUCAGGAAUUGUGGAACCCGCUCCAAAUAGAGUACUUGCUAAGCAGGUGAUGAGUGUAUUGGAGCGCAAGACCUUUGACAUUCCCUCAUCACCGAAGUCCGCUGUCUCUCCCACAAAGAAGGGGAAGAAAAGCAAGUCUCCGAAGGGUGACCUGUUCAAGAUGGAUCCAUCAGCCGUGGCUGAGCAUCUCUGCUUGUAUGACCAUAGGCUCUAUUCUAGGAUACAACCCAAGGACUGUUUUGACUACGUGAAGAAACAAUCCCGCCAAGGUGAUGCUAGUAGUCUAGCAAGUUUCUGUGCCACACACGAUCGUGUAGCUGCAUGGGUCAAGUCAUCUAUUUUGGAGACCGAGAAGGUGACUAAACGAGCGGAUGUGGUCGACUUUUGGGUAAAGGUUGCCGAGGUAUAAAUGCCGUACCAUGAACAAUUUCGCUUCUCUCAGUGCAAUUGUGACCGCACUUUCCAGUGUUGUCAUCACAAGGUUGAGCUUGACGUGGGCCUACGUUGGGCGAGCUUCGCAUCUAGACUCGCUCACCAAAUGCAACGAUCCAUCGGGGAACUUCUCUGCAUACCGAAUCCUCCAACAAGCCGUCGACGGGGCAUGCGUCCCUUUCGUGGGCAUGUACUUGACGGACAUCAUACAUAUCAACGACCAACACCUUGACAACACUUUCAUCACUGCCAACAAUAGCACGACUCUCGUUAACUUUGUAAAGAGGCAGAAAUGGUCCGAUGUUGUCAGUGCUAUGCUUCAACAUCAGGGGAAACAGUAUCCUUUCGUGGAGGUCCCGGCGACUAUGGUUUUUAUUGAGUCGAAUCUCACACAGGCAGAAGAGAUCGACACGGAUGCGUUUUGGAGUAAAAGCCAGGAGGUCCAACAGUCUGAAAUCGAAUGCGCAGAUAUUCGAAAGGGCUUGGAAAUGGCUGGAUUUUGAUCUAAGCUCGUCUUGGGAUUUAUGAGAUAUCUACACACAAACCGGUUUGGGAUUUGGAUGCCUUUCAUCGCUGGCGAGGGAAAGGAAAGGGAUCAUCUUGCUGUAUUUCUAUCCUUCAACUGUAUCCGUUAGAUAAUUGUAAUCACACAUUCAGAAUCACAACUAGACGUUGAAACGUUGAACAUUUCCGAACAACGCCGUGAAUAGUUCGCUCCGUAUGUGAGGUGGUGAUAAGAAGGAAAGUCCAAGUGAACAGAAUAACGACUAGAAUAGACUACAAGGUGUGCC